AUGUCUGGCGGACUGUUUGGUGACGCCUCGCCAGCCGAGUCUGCCCCAGCCAACUCCAACUCCAUCUUUGGCAGCGAGCCUGCUGCUGCCUCGAGUUCUUCCCUCUUCAACGACGACGAUAACAAUGCUUCUCCUUGGUCUAUGCCAACCCCAAAGAAAAUUGCACGUCAAAACCUACUGAAGAGCUUGCUGCCCGCGACCGAAGUUCCUGAGUCCUACGUUGAUGCGUACGAUACCACUCUAGAGCACGAGAGCAAUCGGAGUGGCAUUUCCUUCCUGACCGUUGAUAAGAUCGUUCGGUCGAGUAAUCUCAGUACUAGCGACACUGAGCGCAUAUUUGGCCUCAUCGCGCCUGGAGGUACCAGAAGCGAGGCAUUCCAAAGGAACGAAUUCAACGUCGUUUUAGCUCUUAUCGGGCUUGCACAAGAAGGCGAAGAGAUCAGCUUAGACGGCGUGGACGAGAGACGCAGGCGCCUUCCGCAACCGAAGAUACCAUACAUUCAGCAGCUACAGUCCGCGACUCGACAGCAGAAGGCCGCAGCGACGGAAAUCCCGAAGCCAGCGCCGAACAAGCAGGCCGCUCAAAGAAAAGAGUCGUUCGGUGACGACCCCUGGGCAAGUCCAUCGAACAAAAAAUUGCCGCCGCCAUCCACUGCUGCCCAUACCACACCUAACGGUGGCACGAGUCCAGCAAACACCAGAUCGAACGACAUGGAACGAACCACGAGCAGCUUCACCACAAAUGCGGGCGAUGAUCUAGCUGGAGAAUCUCCACCAAAUGCCCGACCCAAUAUCAACAACGGAUGGGACAGCUACAAUGGCACAUCUGGUGGCUUUUCCGAGCAACCUACUCUGGGUGGUGGCUUUGGCGACACGGGUGAUGAUGACGGUGCGCCACAACGGCCUCGUCCGGCACAGUCAGGAAGUGUGGUACUUCCUAAGUCGACGGGAGAAGCGGUCCAAGUCACACUGCUGCCAGAGAAAGAAGGCAUGUUCCUGUUCCAGCACCACAACUACGAGGUAAAGACUGUGCGGCGUGGGACCAGCGUCGUCAGGCGAUACAGCGACUUCGUCUGGUUGCUAGACUGCCUGCAAAAGCGAUAUCCUUUCCGACGACUACCGCUAUUACCUCCGAAGCGCGUCCAGGUUAAUGGAACGCAUCUCGCCGGAGACGUCUCAGGCUUCCUUGAAAAGCGCCGCAAGGGUCUUGUGCGCUUUGCAAAUCAGCUCGUGGAGCAUCCUGUUCUCAGUCAAGAAACGCUUGUGCGCACUUUCAUGGAAGUACCAACAGAACUCGCCGUGUGGCGCAAACAGGCCACGAUAUCUGUACAGGAGGAAUUCACCGGCAAAUCUCUCCCACCAACGUUGGAAGACAGCUUGCCUUCUACCCUUCCCGAUCUCUUCGAGCAAGUCAGAUCGGGAGUCAGGAGGUCUGCUGAGAUCUACAUCAAUCUUUGCGUCCUACUCGAGAGGCUUGCGAAACGUAACGAAGGUCUGGCUGCAGACAGCUACAAGUUCAGUCAAGCUCUUCAAAGCCUCACCGAGAGCAGCGCCGACACUUAUGCCAUUGACAACAACGACGUGCCCCUGCUCAACGAUGGUAUUGGCGCCUCUUCCAAACACUUCUCAGCCAGCCAAACAGUAUUGGAGGACGAAGCUAAGGCGUGGGAACACAACAUUCUAGAAGACCUGAAGACCAUUCGCGACUCCAUGGUCUCUAUGCGCGACAUGUUCGACAGACGCGACCGCUACGCGCGCGACACCAUUCCUCAACUUGAGAAGCGCAUCGAUGCAUCAACGGCCAAAUUGCAGCAACUGCGAUCGAAACCGCGCGGAGCCGUCAAGCCCGGCGAGGUUGAGAAGGUCGAGAGCAGUAUCAUUUCUGACAAGGAAAGCAUAGUGGCUCAGCAUGCUCGUGGCGUUUUCAUCCAAGAGUGUGUACGCGACGAGAUCAUCACCUUCCAGACGACCAUUCACGGUAUUUCCAGGUUUCAUCAAGAAUUUGCGCAGGAGAGAACAAAGUACGCCGAAUUGCAGGCCAGCAAUUGGCGCCAGCUUGUUGACUCUGUCGAGUCUAUGCCUACGGGAGAGUAG